UCCACGGUGCUUUGGUUUUCCGUCGCCCAAUUCUACCACCGGACCACCACCACCGCCGCCGCCGUAUCUACGUAUCAGUUUGCAAAUGGAUUUGGAGUCUGGGAGUAAUUUGGGGGAUUCCUCCUCUUGUGCUUUAUGCCAUAGAAUUCUUCCAUUCGACAAUGAGGCUGACGAGCUUGACGAUUUUAGUGUCUGCGCUGAUUGUAAAUUUCUGUUUCUGGAAGAAUUUGAGUCUGCAUCGCCCUCGCCUCAGCUCCACCAUAGGAGAAGAAGGGGUCUCUCUAGGAGAAGAUUCGUCAGUUCUGAGUCCAUGGAGAGUAUGUUCUCUCACCAAUUUUCACAAAUCGCAAGGCAAGACGACGAUGCUCGUUCUGUGCGGUCUUCCACAAGGUGGAGGAGAUUCUUGUCCGAUACCGAAAGUGAGGGUUUCGAUUCUCUCCAUGUCGAGUCCGACUCCAAUGCUAGCUUUAGGAGGUAUAGGGCUGUCGACGAUACUGACUCUGAUGAUGCGCUAGAUAGCGAUAAUGAUAUCGACCCCAUGAAUGCUGGUGCGUUCAAUUGGAAUUCGGACGAUGACAGUAGUGAAGGUGAAGCUCAGCCGAGAGUCUUGGUUAACUGGGGCAGGCAGCUACUGUCCCCUCAGCUCGUGGGCACAGUUCCACUCGGUAUACGCCACCGGAUACAAGCACACGCUGGUGACCUGUUAACCAAUUUGGAUGAUGAGUCUUAUGUUGGGAAUUCGGGGGAUUAUCUCGAUGCCAGAGGGUUUGAGGAUCUUCUCGACCAUCUUGCUGAAAACGAAGGUUCGAGGAGAGGGGCGCCUCCUGCUUCUCUAUCGUAUAUGAACAAUCUGCCACGUCUCAUUAUUAACGGAGACAAGCAGCAGCAGCAGCAGCAGGAGUGUGCAAUCUGCAAGGAGUCGUUCACGCUUGGGGCUGUCGUCAACCAGCUUCCCUGUUUGCACCUUUACCACCCUUCCUGCAUCUUGCCGUGGUUAGCUACGAGAAAUACGUGCCCACUUUGCCGCUAUGAGCUUCCAGCGGAUGACAAUGAGAGAAGUGAGAUGGUUGAUGAGCAAUACUUGAUUGAUGAUGCUUCCAUGGACGACGAUGCUUUAGUCGAUCGACUUGAAGUUGAUGCCGGUGUAGGGGAUGAAUCUCCGAGAAAUAGAUGGUUCUUCCUUGCUGCUCCGAUUGUCAGUAUUCUUGGCAUAUCUCUCAUUUUGUGGUUUGGUGAUUCAUCCGCAGCUAGAAUGUGCGCAACUGGCGCUGGCCGACCUCUGUGCCGUCGGGAUAAUAACCACAGGAGAUGGUGGUAGUUUUUGUAAAUCAAGUACUGGCAUCGGCUCUUGUAUAGUAUGUUAUAUCAUAAUAGAUAGAUUGCUUCUUCAGUAGCUAUGUUUCUUCUACUCUGUAUUUUCAGUGUUAUAUGCUGAUCUAUUUCUAUUCUUAGCAAAUGUUGAGUUUGGAUA